UUUUAUUAUUUUAAUUUUCACAUUUUUCGGUAUAACUUUAGAAAUUGCCUCAUAAAAUUGUUAGUUUCAGUUAUCGAUUUAUAUAUAUAAAAUACUGUACAAAACUAUUUAAUUAGCGGUGGUGCAUUUGGAUGCACUAAAGCCGUCAAAAUUAUUGCCCGUACCAAAUCGUUCGCAUAUUUCACAAGAGAUUUACCCAAAUAUUUUUCAAUUUUAGGAGAAAGAAAAAUUUUUGUUGAUAAAAACAAAAAAGAGGCAUUUAUUACAGCGUUUACGAACUCGUGUGAUUAACGAAGGUCAUUAUGAAAACUGCAAUUCGCAAACAAAUGGUUUCCAUCCACGAAGCAGUGAUCUUAAAUAUUUAUGAUCUAAACUGGAUUAAUGGAUACACUAAUACAUUUGGAUUCGGUAUUUACCAUACUGGUGUUGAGGUUUAUGGUGUAGAAUACUGUUUUGGUGGUCAUCGUUGGGAGUCCAGCGGUAUUUUUGAAGUUCCUCCACGUAACGAAGGAGUAUUGGGUGCAAACGUGCGACUACGACAAAGUAUCCGAAUCGGUACAACUGCUUUGUCAGAGCAAAGUGUAAAGGAAUUGAUACAUGCAAUGGGAACUAUAUUUACUGGAAACCGGUACCAUUUGAUACAAAAUAACUGUAAUCAUUUCUCUGGUGCCUUCACAAAACUGUUGUGUGGCGUAGACAUACCAGCAUGGGUCAAUCGUUUAGCUCGCUUUAUAUCGAAUGCUCCGUUUCUGCAAAAGUGCAUACCACCAGACUGGCUAACACCACAUGAUCAACGACCAGGUGAACAAGAAGGUUCUGAAAAUCACACACCAGGACCUCAACAAUAAUGUUAUCCAUAAUAUCAUCUAUUCUGCUGUCAACAUAUUUUUGGGUAUAGUUUAGUUCUGGAAUAUCAAAUAGGUGAUCAAAACAAUCGAUUCAUUACAAUCUAUUUUUUAAGUGUAUACAAUUUAAAUAAACUACUUGUCGAUAUGGCAUUUUAUUUCAUAAAUACUCUUAAAGAAUAUUUUGUAAUAAAGAUUUUUGUACAUAACUGAGUAUUUAUAUAGUGCCUUGAAAUAAAAAAU